CGAGGUGCCUGGGAGAGGAGCUAGGAAGCCAGGGUGCACCACGGAGGCUUGGAGCCCAGGGUUCAGGAUGGCCCCACAGAGAGCUGUGCAGCUGUCCCUGAAGAAGCCCACCUACGCUGUGUGUGUGGUGGGAAUAGAAACGUACGUGGAUGUUUACAGUGCUGUGCCCAAGGGCGCUGAGACCUUCCGAGUCUCUGGGAGCUCCGGAGUGGAGGUCUUCAUGGUCUACAACACAGCACAGGUGACAGAGCCCACCGGCGAGGCCCACUGGCCCCUGGAUGCCGGCGUGGACGUGAUCAUAUCUGUGGACGCAGCCAGUAAGGCUUUAAACGAUCUCAAGGUGAAAGUCUCCUACUUCGGGCAGCAGAAGGGCGGUGCCCUGGGCCACAGUGUGCUCUACCUCACUGGCGCCGACAUCUCCCUCGACGUCGACACGGGCCGCACGGGCAAGGUGAAGAGGAGCCACGGCGACAAGAAAACCUGGCGCUGGGGCCCUGAGGGCUAUGGGGCUGUCCUGCUGGUGAACUGUGACCGGGAUAGUCUCAGGUCCAGGGAGAUCGACCUCACCAGCAGCCAGCUGACAUCACUGGAUGACCUGCAGGAUAUGGCCCCAAUGGUGCUGAGCUGCGAUGGCCCUGAUGAGCUCUUUGACAACCACAAGCUAGUCUUGAACGUGUCGCUUUCUGAUUCCAGGAGAGUGGGGGUCUUCUGCGCUAGGGGUGGGAAUUCUCUCUCAGACUACAAACAGGUGCUGGGCCCCCAGCAUCUGUACUAUGAAGUGGAUCGGCAUCCGGGGGAGCGGAAGAUCAGCUUCUACGUGGAGGGGCUCGCCUUUCCUGACGCUGAUUUCUUGGGGCUGGUCUCUCUCAGCGUCAGCCUGGUGGACAGCAAGACCCUGCCUGAGGUGCCCCAGUUCACAGACACCGUGACCUUCCGCAUGGCCCCCUGGAUCAUGACCCCCAACACCCAGUGCCCCCUGGAGCUGUAUGUGUGCAGUGUCGUAGACUCCCAUGGCUCCAAUGAGAAGUUUCUGAAAGACGUGUCUGACCUGGUGUUGAAAGCCAACUGCAAGCUGAUCGUCUGCCCUCAUGUUGAGAAUCGGGGUGACCGCUGGAUCCAGGACGAGAUGGAGUUUGGCUACAUCGAAGCUCCUCACAAAUCCUUCCCAGUGGUCUUUGACUCCCCCCGAGACAGGGGCCUGAAGUAUUUCCCUUAUAAGAGGAUCCUGGGUCCUGACUUUGGAUAUGUAACCUCGGAAAUCCCGUUCGCUGAUGUCUCUGACCUUGACUCCUUCGGCAACCUGGAGGUCAGCCCGCCAGUCACAGUGGAGGGCAAGGAGUACCCCCUGGGCCGAAUCCUCAUUGGCAGCAGCUUCCCCAAGUCUGGUGGGCGGCGAAUGGGCAAGGUGGUGAUCGACUUCCUGAAGGCCCAGCAGGUGCAGGCGCCCGUGGAGCUCUUCACUGACUGGCUCUUCGUGGGCCACGUGGACGAGUUCCUGAGCUUUGUGCCCACCUCCGACCAAAAGGGCUUCCGGCUGCUCCUGGCCAGCCCCAGCGCUUGCUUCAAACUGUUCCAAGAGAAGAAGGAGGAGGGCUACGGGGAGGCAGCCCAGUUUGACGGGUUAAAGCACCAGGUGAAGAGAAGCAUUAAUGAGAUGCUGGAAGACAGACGUCUCAGGAAUGACAACCUCUAUGUACAGAGAUGCAUCGACUGGAACCGGGAGGUGCUGAAGCGGGAGCUGGGCCUGACGGAGCGGGACAUCGUGGACAUCCCCCAGCUCUUCUUCCUGAACAACUCCUACGCAGAACCCUUCUUCCCCGACAUGGUGAACAUGGUGGUUUUAGACAAGUACCUGGGCAUCCCCAAACCCUUCGGGCCCAUAAUCAAUGGCGGCUGCUGCCUGGAGGAGAAGGUACGGUCCCUUUUGGAGCCUCUGGGCCUCUGCUGUAUCUUCAUCGAUGACUACUUGUCCUACCACAAGAUGCUUGGAGAGAUCCACUGCGGCACCAACGUGCGCCGGAAGCCCUUUCCCUUCAAGUGGUGGCACGUGGUGCCCUGA